AUGAGCACGCACAACAACAGCUACACUCAGGGCUACAGCGAAGCGGUGCUGCGAUCGCACGCUUCGCGUACAGCCGAAUCAUCGGCGGCGUUCCUGCUGCCGCACCUCAAGCGCGAUGCCAAGAUCUUGGACGUCGGAUGCGGACCGGGAACGAUCACGACGUCGCUCGCCGCCUACGUGCCCGAAGGAAGCAUUGUUGGCACCGACUAUUCGGAGGAUGUGGUAGCAGAAGCGCAAAAGCGACUCGACCGCCUGCGGAAAGAGUCCAACAGCGAGGCGCAGCGCCAGGCGGUGGAUCGAUGCCGAUUCGAGGUGGCGUCCGUAUUCGAGCUGCCGUUCGCGGACGAGUCAUUCGACGUGGUCUACUGUCAUCAGAUGCUGCUCCAUCUGCCCAAGCCCGUCGAUGCGCUCAAGGAGAUGCGGAGGGUGUGCAAGCGAGGCGGCAUCGUGGCUGCACGCGAAGCCGACUUUACCACCUCGGUCUUGUAUCCGUCGACCGAGACCUUUGAUCUGUGGCUGUCGACGGCUGCAGCCAUUUACCGCUCCAUCGGCUCGGAACCCGACGCGGGUCGUCGACUGGUGCGCUGGGCGUUGGAUGCCGGAUACGAAGCCGGCCCCGAACACAUCACCUUCUCCUCAAGCAACCAGGCGUUCGGAGGACAGCCACACGCCGAGUUCUGGGGUAAAAUGUGGGCCGAGCGGAUUGCAGCCGAGUCAUGGCAGCAACAGGCGCUUUCCACGGCCAAAGUAGACCAGGACCAGAUCCGACGUAUGCAGCAGGACUGGCUCACUUGGAGUGCGACUCCGGACGGCACCUUUGUCAUGGUCUGCGGCGAGGUGCUCCUGCGAAAUCGGCGCAGUCGUCGAAGAUGCAACGUGUUCUACGAGCAAGGCACCCUGCAGGUCCGGCGGAAGGGAGGAAAGCUCGCGUGCCGCAUCUCGGAUCGUCGCGAGUCAUUUGAGCCCCCAACCUAUACUGCAACCAUGCUCGCUCCCGUGACCGCGCUCGUCGGGCUGACCUGUUCAGGCCUCGCUAGUGGCUUGACGCUCGCCUACCCGCUCCUCAUCAACACGCACUUUAUCGACCAGCAGGGUGCUAUGAUCUCGCCGCCCGCGCCAUGGGUGGCCAAUCUUAGCAUCGCUCAGCGACUCACGCUGUGGGAACGCGCUUUCAAGGCUGGAUUCGUCGUGCCUGCGCUCUCGCUCGUCACCGCCAUCGCUCUCACCACCUUUGCCCUGCAGUCCGGACGCGGUGGCAAGGCUUCGUCAUCGCUUCCGCAACGCCUCGCUGUCCGAUGGGAGACCCGCAAAAAGCUGCUGCUCGGAUCGGCAGCGCUGACCGGCAGCCUUCUCGUCUUCACCCUGGUCUUCAUCCGCCCGACGAACAACAAGCUCAUGGCACUCCGCGUCGCCGCAAACAACAAGGAGGCCAUCAAUGCAAGCCAGGCCGAGGCCCUCCUCUCACACUGGACUCGCCUGCACAACGUCCGCGUCGUCGCCGCCUUUUCUGGAUUCGCCCUGGCUCUCUACUCGUGUAGCAACAAGAGCGCCGACGACAAGAUCGACAUCCGACCGCUGCGAUCUUCAGCUCCAAGCAGCAACUGA